CCUAUAUAUGAGUGUUCACGGAAGACUCAGAACACCGAUCACAUAUCCCUUCAUUCACCUUCUCUUCGUUUACCAUUAUUCCUUUUAUUCCUCUAUUUAUUUCUUUCGUCGUUCAAGACAUCUUAGCUUUCCUUUCAUCGUUCGCUCGUACUUCGAGUGGAUACGAAACAGUAACUACAUUUGGCCUGAUACUACAAACUUGAAAGCAAUUCUUGUAGGAAAAGGCAUUGUAGAGGAGCUAUUAGUGGUUUUUAAUUGUUUAGCCCCUUCAACGCUCCUUUUUUGUUCUACCAAGUUUGAAGAACUGAGUUCGUUAUCAUUAGAUUGUAUUUUCAAUUGCUCUGUUGCUUUUUCUAUUGUGCAUCUUGCAUUUAACGUUUCUUCUUUGUGGGUCUUCUUUUGGUCUCAAAAAAGUGUUGUUUUCGAUAGAAGCACAGUCCCUAUUCUAGUAACAACGGUUUCAAAAAUAUCCUAAUUAAUUGAAAUCUACCGUUUUGUUUACUCUCAAAAAGAUACAAGUCAGACGCUGGAUCGUUUGACACGCAAAUAUAGGGCAAGUCAGUAACCUCAUUCAUAUUCUUGCAUACCUUUAUAAAGGAAAGUUGUUACAUUCGUUAAUUUUUCAUUCUCUUCUCGUUUAAAAAGGCAUUUCUCUAUAUUAUCUUUGCUAGUUCUCUAUACUGGAAACAGCCGCGUCUAGAAAUUAAAACUGCUGAAAAAGUAUAAACUCUGUUAAUCAUGAAGACAUCAGAUAUAGUUGUGCUCGUUGUUAUUUUAACUAUUACCGUUGGAUAUUUUUCGUACAACUUCUUCUCUAGUCGGCCCAAGAACGUCGAACGUGAAGUACAAUUAUCCAAUAAUGGAAUUGCCGAUAAAAUGGAAGAAGAAAAUUUGAGUGCUUUAGUGCUUUUUGGUUCCCAAACUGGUACCGCCGAAGAUUUCGCUUACCGUUUUUCUACAGAAGCCAAGUCAAAGUACAAAUUGGCUAACACGACCGAAGAUUUGGAAAAUCUUGACUUCACUGACUUGGAUAAGCUUGAUAGCUCCAAACUUUUGGUAUUCUUUUUAGCUACCUAUGGUGAAGGUGAACCAACUGAUAAUGCAGAACAAUUUUUGGAACUAAUUGAGAGCGAGGACACGAUUUUUUCGAGUGGAAAAGGAACAGAAGAUCGCCCCUUAGCAAAUCUCCGUUAUGUUAUUUUUGGCUUAGGAAAUCACACAUAUGAACAUUAUAAUGCUAUGGCUAAGAGAGUUGACUCUGCUCUGAACGCCCUGGGAGCAAAAAGCGUUGCACCUGUGGGUCUAGGUGACGAUGCCGCUGGUUUAUUAGAAGAGUCCUAUUUACAAUGGAAAGACGAAGCCUUCCCCGAAAUCGCCAAAGCAUACCAACUUGAAGAAGUUCAUGAAGAUUAUAAGCCCUUGUACGAUGUUAUAGAAAAACCUGAGAUAUCCAACGAAAGUCCAACUGUUUUUCUUGGCGAGCCUAGUCGCCAGCAGCUCAAGGGAAUGACUUCACAAGCACCUAAUUCUCCAGCAAAUCCCUUUCAUUCAACUCCUAGUCAUUCUCGUGAGUUAUUUAAUAACGACACACGUAACUGUCUUCACAUGGAAUUGGAUAUCACUGGCUCAAACAUGAAAUAUCAAACAGGCGAUUAUGUUUCAAUUUGCCCUAUGAAUCCAUCUCAAGCUGUGGAUGACCUUUUGGACAUUCUAGGUUUAAAGGAUAAAAGGAAUAUGGUUGUCAUUGUAAAGCCUUUUAACCCAAUGGAUAAGUUGCCUAUUCUAAGUCCUACUACUUAUGAUAGUGUAUUCCGCUAUUAUUAUGAGAUUUGUGGUAUUAUUUCCCGUCAAUUGAUCUUCUUGAUUGCUCCUUUUGCUCCCACAGAAGAAGCCAAAAAAGAACUAACUAAGCUUGGAAGCGAUAAGGACUACUUCAAAACAAAUGUUGUGGACAUGCAUUUGAACUUAGCACAAGUGCUUCGUCGUGUCUCUUCUGGUGUCCCUUAUACCAAAGUUCCAUUAUCUCUGCUUUUGGAAAAUCUCGGUCACUUAAAACCUAGAUAUUACUCCAUUUCUUCCAGUAGCUUGGCUUACCCUAAUAAGGUGCAUGUAACAGCCGUGGUUGACAAAAAAGAAUGGGUUGAUCAGAAUCACAUAUUUUAUGGUUUGACAACGAAUUAUCUACUUGCUCAUUGCCGUCAUCAACAUGGAGAACCAGCUCCUCAUCCUAAUGGAUUGCAGUACUCCUUGGAAGGUCCUCGUAAAAAGUUAACUGGUAAGAUCCCUCUGUUUAUCAAGCGAUCUACAUUUCGCUUGGCUCCUCCUGAAGUCCCCAUCAUCAUGGUAGGUCCAGGCACAGGUAUCGCUCCAUUCCGUGGCUUUGUUAUGGAGCGUGCUCAUUUGGCUGCUCAGGGCGUGCAGGUUGCCAAGACGGUUUUGUUUUACGGAUGUCGACGAUCAGAUACAGAUUUUUUGUACAAAGAAGAAUGGGAUACGUAUGCAAAGUCAUUGAAAGACUCAUUUGAAUUACAUACUGCAUUUUCCCGUGAGGGAGAUCAGAAGGUCUACGUGCAACACCGACUUCUUCAACAAUCUGCGCUUGUUAAUGAAUUAAUCAAUGCCGGUGCCUGUUUUUACAUAUGUGGUGAUGCCGAACAUAUGGCUAAGGACGUUACUAAUGCUUUGGCUACGAUACUUGCUACUGUAAAAGAGGAUGGUGCUAAGCGUAUUAAAAGUCUUCGUGAUGAAAAUCGGUUUUUUGAAGACACUUGGUAAAUCUGUUUGUUAUGAAGUACUCAUAAGAAAUAAAAAGGUCAUUUACAAACUUGCGUUGAGUUUGUGAAAAUAGUGUUAUAGAAUCGAUUAGAUGAUUUAGCGAUCUUAUAGUGUUCAAUAAUUCUUCGUUUUUCUUUUUCUUUUUAUUGUUCUCGUAGUAAUAAGAGUACCCACUUAUAUUCGUUA